AUCAAACCCCUUCCAAGACGAUCCUCUGCUCUCUCUCUCUCUGCCCGCUUUUAAGGACCUGAGAUACCAAACCGAUGGAGGAAAUGCUCGCCGUCAUCAUCUCCAUGCUCCUCGUCCUGUCCUUAAUUCCACUCUACCUCUGGAAACGCCGUCACGAUUCCCCCAAAGAUCACGACGACGAACCUCAGGUAGCUCAGAGGGAGGCUGUGGUGCGUCCGGCCGGUGGUAAUCGGGGGCGGAUGCGUAGGCGGCCGGCUGCUGGAGCUAGCACGUCUGCUGCUGCGGCGGCCGCGCCUGUGGAAGAGUUUGCUGAUGGAAGUGAUGAGGAUGGUGCCGAGGAUGAGACUUAUGAGGCCAGGGCUUCAAGGAAAAAGGAAAAGAAGCGUCAAGAGCGGGAAGCACAGCGCCAAGCUGAACAAGCUGCACGGGACUCGAGGCAAACAAAACAAGAUCGCUAUGCUGAAAUGAGGAGAAGGAAAGAUGAGGAACGUGAGGCACAAGAACGUCAGCUGGAAGAAGAAGCCAAGGCUCAGAAGGCCAGGGAGGAGGAAGCUGCUGCAUUAGAGUUUGAGAAGUGGAAAGGAGAAUUUUCCAUAGAUGCUGAAGGUACUACGGAGAAUGAAGUGCAAGAUGGACACCAAGAUUUGCUUUCUGAUUUUGUGGAUUACAUAAAGAAACAUAAAUGUGUUCCCUUGGAAGAUCUUGCUGCUGAAUUUAAGUUACGGACACAGGAAUGCAUUAACCGAAUUAACUCUCUGGAAAGUAUGGGGCGACUUUCUGGUGUCAUGGAUGAUAGAGGGAAAUAUAUAUACAUCUCCCAAGAAGAGAUGCAAGCCGUGGCAGACUAUAUUAAGCGUCAAGGGAGGGUUAGCAUUGCACAUCUUGCUAGCAAGUCUAAUCAGUUCAUCGACUUAGAGCCAAAAGCCCAGUUCGUCGAAGAAAUCAGUAUUGUGGAAGAGAUUGUGGCCACCUGAUCUGUUUGAUGUACCGUGUACAUGUAAAGUACAAUUACAAUGUAGUGUAAUGGUCAUUAUGUUCACAUGGUUAACGUAACAUAUAGCACAAAGAGGGCCAUGAACGUGAGGAGGUAAGUUUUUAGAAGGGCGUAUCUUAGAAUUCCUAUACUGCAGAUUUACUGAUCGAAAGGGAUAAUACUGUUUAUGUUUAGAAAACCAGAUAGCUGACCGUGAUUUCUACAUCCGGUUUUCUAGGCCUCAGAAUGAACAUUAGACAUUUGACCAUCGUGUUAACGUCAUGUAAUGCCUU